CAUAUGUACGCAACUAUCCCAAUUUUUGUUUCAUAACCAUGAGAAAAUCGUGGGGUGUGGAUAAAGUGUCUUCCUGGAGUAAUCUUAAGCGAGUAUUAAUCUACGCCAGGUAUCGUACUGAGCUUUACAAAACGACUGUGACGACAACACUACUUGUUCUAUUUGCUGUUGUCAUAAUUUUGGUUACAAAAAGCUUCAGUCAAUCACCAUCAAAGUGUCAAAGCUUAACAAAAAAUCCCACCGAAAUUUGUAGCAACUUUGAACCUCCAGAGAUCAACAAUGAUCAUAAACAAGAGGAAUUGAAGUAUGACAUUCAAAUUACGUCCAAAAACUCUUUGAGUAACAAAUUUCAAACAGGACACAGUUCAAGGCAAGGAACCCCUUUGAAGGACUGGCUCGAAAAGGCUGAAACCAUUUACCAAAGAUCUGUGCAAAAGCGCCAUCAUCAUGUUCAAUCCAUUGGAGGUCUCUCAAAAGUAAAUCCAUGGCCAGAGAAUGGGGACGGAGUUGUUUAUUUCUGGGACUUUUUUGUACCAUCUUUUACGUGUCCUUACAUGAUAGAACGAGUAGGAGCUAUUGGAGACGGGGGGAAGUGGGUGUGUGGCUUAGAAAUUUUCGAAGGCAGCCGUCCCCAAGUAGAAAAGUGCGUCAUAUAUUCUUUUGGCGUUGCCAAUGAGUCAUCGUUUGAGGCAGAGAUUUUGGGUCGCACGUCUUGUGAGAUACAUGCGUUUGACUUUAGCGUGGAUAAUCUGGGACAUCAAAUAAAAGAUGAACAAAUCGAGAGAGGCAAGAUUCACUUCAAUAAAAUUGGCCUCAACGACAAAGACAAAAACGAGACCUUUUUGACGUUGGGAACCCUCAUGAGACAGCGACGCCAUGAUUGGAUCGAUAUUCUCAAAAUUGACAUUGAAGGAAGUGAAUUUCCGUGUUUGCAACAAGUCAUGGAAGAAUUUUCGGAAAGUCUGCCGUUUGGACAGCUACUCAUUGAACUUCAUGUCGACAAUUUUGGAAGAGGUUUUAAGUCGAUGUACAAGUGGUGGGAGAAAUUGGAGGCAAGAGGUUUAAGAGCUUUUAUGAACGAGGUUAACCAUCAUUCUUGUGUUGGUCUUAAAAUAAAUCCUGUCGCAGUCGAGUACUCAUUCAUCAACGUGAAAACGGAUCAUCGAUUGAUCGCAGAAUCCUCUAGUUAAUUUUAUGAGUAUUUUGGCAAAUUAGUUUAAUUAUGAAAUAUAUUAACAUAUACAUGUGUAUCUAUGAACGAAAUGUGAUGCGACAGACAAAUAUAAUAAUUAUUAUAAACGAAUCAAGUAAGAAUUAAAGGUAUGACAUUUAUUUACUUCGUUUGUCUAUGGUAGCGAAAUUGUACUAGAAAUAAAUUUGGUUCGCUUUUACAGUGUGUUUAGUAUGCAGCUGUACGGUAAAUAUUUAGUUAAAGUAUGUAUAAGGACAUAGAAACGCAAUAAGUUUAUGUAUGUAUUAGUAGUAGUAGUAGUUAAAAUAUGUAAAUAUAUAGCAGUCUAUGAAAUAAUUAAG